UAAAAACACAUAUAUUACGUCUUGCGUGUUCCUUAGCUCGUUCACUGUAAAUAAACGCUUUCUUUUCACAAAUAAAGUUCGAAACUUCCGGUGUUGUACGAUUCUGCUUUGCCACUUUGUCCGGGAAAAAAAAUGAACGUAAGAACGAAAAAAAUCAGUUUGAUCGUAUUAACUUGUCUGUGCGUUUGGUUCUUCGUGCAGUUGGUUUCGUGCAAAAUUAAAACCACAAAAUUUCCCGAGUUGUACGGAUUUCCAGUUUCGUCGGAUCGGACGAGCACUCCCGGUGUGGAGCCCGCGGCAGCGAACGAUUCAAUCGAGGACCAACCGGAAGAUUUAGCCCCGCUCUCGGUGGAGUACAACGGGCCGCCGAUCCACUCGAUGUACGAAGGCGGGUUCGAGAUCGACAACCCGAAGGUAUGCGGCGAGGGGGGCAGCUCCGCUCCGGAGUUGCUGAUCGUGGUGCACUCGGCCGCGUCCCAGCUCGACAUGCGCACGGCGGUCAGGUACACGUGGAAGCACUUCGACAGGAUGGAAAACGUCGCCGUGGUCUUCUUCCUCGGCAGGUCGCUGAACGGAUCGUUGUCCGAGCGGGUCCGCGCCGAGUCGGACUUCUUCGGCGACGUGGUCGUCUCGAACGUGGUCGACGCCUACGAGAACCUGACCUUGAAGACAAUCUCCAUGUGCGAGUGGGCGCGCAGAUCCUGCCCGCGCGCCAGGUUCGUGCUGAAGGCGGACGACGACGUUUUCCUCAACGUGCCGUUGCUCGUGGACUUCGUGCGGCAGAAGGAGGUUUCCUCGGCAAGCAGGAGCGUGUACGGGAUGGUGAACCGCGGUACCGGCCCGGUCCGGUACCCGGGCCACAAGUUCGACGUACCCGUCGAGGUGUACCCGGGCGACGUGUACCCGGACUACAUGCAGGGCGCGUCCUACCUGCUGACCGGGGACCUCGUGGGACCGCUGUUCCGCGCGGCGCUCCGGAUGGACUUCUUCCGGAUGGAGGACGUCUUCUUGACGGGCUUCGCCGCCGAGCGGAUCCGGGCCCGGAAGGUGGACGUGGCCCGGUUCUACACCCUCUUCUACGAGAUGUGGGAGGAGAGGACCUUCUUCGAGCACACCCUGCGCGUCGUCGAUCCCUGCGACGUGAAAAGGAGGAUAGCCAUACACUACGUGAGUUACAGCGACAUAUUCAAACUGUGGUACUACCUGUUCGACAAGACGAAGAGUUGCCGGUGAUGUUACUGAGUGCUCGAUGAAAGGAAUGGUAGAUCUGUGAGAAACAUCGAUACAAGAUAGACGCUAUGAACCU